GUAACCAUGAAGAUUUAGAAAAUCAAGAGAAAAUGAAGUUGAAUGAAGAAUGAAGUUAUUUAAGCCUAUAAAAAAUGUAAACAGCAAUUAGAUGUCAGACGUCAACAUGUCUGAUAUUUGAAGGGAGUAGCCAACGAAAGAGAGUGGGAGCAUACAUCCUAAAAAUAUGAAUAGAUAUAAAAAUGAACAUAAAGAAUUCAUCAGAAUGACAUUUUUAAAUGUCAACCAUGCAUCUUGUUUAGUAGCACUGCAUCACUUUCGCAAGCUACAUAUAGACAGUGGACUUACUUUUGCAAAAGAAUGGUUUUAUUCACAUAUCACAUUCGCUACGGAGACAUUGGCACUGGGCCAUUUGAUUCCUUUAGUCUGAAUGUUUUUGUAGUUCAAAAACUUUGCCACAAAUCGGUUUAAUAUUGAUUAAGGUUGCACCUAAUGGAGUGAUGCAGUGCAUAUCCUACCCCAAUUCCUUGGCUAUUGAAAAGUGCUACAUUUACGGGGAUUAAACCAUAAUGUCAAAGAUGGACAUGGACAACUACUGUGACAUUAUCCGUUGGUUUCUGAAAUUGUGUUUUGAUACCCCAAGAUUAGCAUUUUCACCACAAUCAUCUUAGUUUCAAAGAAUAAGAUGUGGUGAGAAGGAGAGGGACUGACUGUGAAACUGCUAUCUCUAUGCAGUAAGCAGACAAAAGAUAAUCCAACAUUUUUAAGCAAUUUAAACAUGAUUUGCAAAAUAGUUGUAAUAAUGUUUUACCACCCUGGGGCACCUCUGUCAGUGCGCCCCCGGGUUGUUGUGGCUACAAUGUAGCUUGCCAUCACCAGUGUGUGAAUGUGUGUGUGAAUGGGUGGAUGACUGGAUAUGUAAAGCGCUUUGGAGUCCUUAGGGACUAGAAAAGAGCUAUACAAAUGCAGGCCAUUUACCAAUUUUUUUUAUUCAGUAUGCCUCCAAAAUCAGGGACUAAGCCCAUAAACUCACCACGAAAGUGUUUACCAUGUCAUGUCUGGCUUCCCAUAAACUAUAGGACUGGGAGUCUUAUCUCAACCUCAUAACUCCAAGUGUAUUAUAUUGGAUAAAUGAGUUUUUGAGGCUUCUACAUCAUCAGUGCCCCACCCUCACCCCAAUAUAAUGUGAUGGAAAAGUGUAUCAUAAUUUGGACCGUGAUUCUGUCUAUGCAGGUCGUGAGGAAUCAUGAACUCGUGGGUCAGGUGAGCCUUGAUCAGCUGGAGGCAAGCGUUGGUAAUGUGCCAGUAACAGAAGAAGAAGAGGAACAUUUGUCUAACAUGGACCAGCUCGAUGAGGACAGAGAAGAUGUAGAAAUGGAGGACCUUUUUGCAGACUGUGAUGAGGUUCCACAAGCUGAGAACCUGGAAGAAAACUAUACCACAGAGAAAAGUGCACUCCAGAUCAGGGAAUGCCAGGAAACCAACGGAGAAAGUCCUGGCCAGACUUCCGAAUCAGGCAUUCAACGUGAAAAUGCAAAACCAAACUCUACUGUCCAACAAGAGCUGCAAAAACAAGCGGAGCUUGUGCUGCUAGAGACUGCAAGAGAACAGGAGACAGGAAAUGUGGAACAAAGUGUAAGAGAAGUGAAAAUUACAGAUACCCCAUGUGAGGAUUACGGCAAUCCAGAGGAAGAGAGGCAGACAAAUGAAAACCAAGCCCAACCUGAAUUCAGAGAAUCUGGAGACAAACAACAAAUGGAGACAGGAAAUGAUGGAGUGGAUGAAGAAACACCAGCUCAAAAGCAAGACGUUAAAGCACUUGAGCAUAAAACACUGAACAUUGAGGCAAAGGUAGAAGAUGACAUACUGCGUCAUAUCUUACAGUUGGCCAAUGAUGACAGCAAGAUGCAUAACAAGGCAGAUGAGGGUCAAAUGGUCAAGAUAGAGAAGGGCACUGAGGCAAGUGAUGCAAGUGAUAUCCCAUUAGCUGAAGAGAGCAACUUCCCUUUGUUCCAGAAUCCAAAGAAUCAAUUUGGUAUAGAGGCAAAUUCAGCCUUAACAAAGCUAAAUGUUGCACAUGUAAAUAACACAAGGACAAAGGAGAGUUUAAAAAUUGAAAGACAUAUGUUAACCCUCCCGCCCACUUGUGCACGACUUAAGAUGAUCACCGGCGAUAUUUUAGGUGUCUCGUUUACAAAAUUAAAGCGGGAAGAAGUGCACACUCAGCAAAGCAGUGAACAGGAACCUAAACCUUGCACAGAAAUACCAGUACUUGAGAAAGAAUGUCUGAAGAAGGAAGUGCACUCUCCUGAAUGCUUCAAGGAGGAAGAAGAGAACGGUCCUUUCGAGCAGAAGCAAAACCAAGAAUCUGAGAUGCUCACAGAAGACGAGGAACGACACCAAGAUCAGGCGCCUGGUGACCACGACGGGAUGAAGGAUGAUGAUUGUCUGCAAGAGCCUGAAGAUACAACAACAACAAAAGAACCUGCUGAAGUCCUGUGCUCCUCGCUUACAGAGCAGAAACGAUUUACUUGUGAGUUCUGUGGAAGAAAUUUGGUGAACAGCUCUGAACUGAAGCGUCACGUCAUGCGGCAUGGAAUCUAACAGUCUUUUCCACGUUAUUUUUAUUUGGGUUUCCAUCUUAUGGAAAGUUCCAGUGUUGUGUUGAGUUACGCAUUUUAGAUUUUGUUAUUCUCAUAUCUUAUCUAACUGUACGUUUACAUGUUUACGUUUCCUUUUUUUGUGCAUUUUUAAACUUAUUCCUAUGAAAUGCUUUUAUGGUAAAGCUGUUAAACAUAGAUGUGAUUCAGUAAAUAAAACUUUGAACCAAUAUGGUGAAUGUAUUAUGUGUGACACACUGUAUUUAAAAUCUUUAGAAUUUUUUUUGUAUUUUUUUUAAACACUAAUGGAUAAUGGCCGUGAUCAACUGUCAUCAAGAGUUCAUUUUUAUUCCUGUAGUUUGUGCAGGGAGGUAUUAUUUACGAGAAGUUAUUACUGUAAAAUCUGCAGAAACCUCUACACUGUGAACUAAUUUUACAUGAAAACGUUUACAUAGAGUUAAAUACCACAAACUGAACCAACUUCCAUAACAGAAAGUUCAUUAAAUGCUGCCUUCAGGUGUUGUUUGGUAUUUCAACACACUUUUAUUGUGUAUUUUGUACUAAAAAGGAAAAUAGUUGACAGUAAAAUAUAAGUAUUUAGUUUGGUAUUCCAUGUUAACAAAAUUUAUUUUUAUUUUUUUUAUACUUCAAUUUGUUUUGAAUUUAAAGUGUGUUUGCAGCACCUGAUAUUUAUUUUCCUCCUAGCUUAGAGUGGCGCCUUCUAUGAAAGUGGUGAAUUUAAACAUUUUUAGUUAAUUUUACCAUUACAGUAGGUGUCAGAAAAGGCAGUACAUCUGAAGAUAGACUCGUGCACAAUAGGUCAUAAAUGAUUAAUAAAUGGUCCAUUUUUUUUUCAAUUUCUUGAACAACAGCAAAAAACGGACGCAGGCUGGACCAAGAACUAAUCAGGGACAUUUACAGAAGACUGAAACACAGUUCAAGUUUAAAAAGUUAAUGUGUUAUGAGACCACGUGUGUUCAUAUCCUUGUAUUAUAAAACAUGGAUGCUUUGUAUUAAAAGUGUUGCCCUGUAGCAAAAAUCAAAUAGUGCAUUAAGAAAAUAUAAUCUGGUUACAACAAUAAAUGUUUGAUUUCAAAUGUCUUGAUGUAAAGAGCAAUGUGCGCAUUAGCUAAAUAAUACUGUGCAAAUGGCUUACCCACCCCUCUUUUUUUUUUUUAAAUUUUGAUGUGGAUAUAGGAAAUGGGUGUAGCAAAUUAUAAAAAUGUGAAAAUAGAAAUACAGUAUACUGAGAAAAAAGUCUGAUUGGACAUUUCUGAUGAGCCUGAAAUUCAACACUUGGUAUGGCCACCUUUUUUCAUCAACACAAACUGAACUCUCUUAACCUAGCCUUGUUCCCUUGAGUGCUUCUCUUGUAAUUCUUUGGAUGUUUGUUGACUUUGGUUUUGUUCUCUGUCAAUAUAAUCCCACACUGCUUCAGUAAUAUUAAGUUCCGGGCUCUGGGAAGGAAAAUCCAUGACUGACUGGGUUCAGUUGUGUGUGUGUUUUUUCUAUCCCAAUAUUCUUUCACUGCGUGUGUUUGCGGAUCAGUCUUGUGAAAAAUUUUCUUAUUGCCAAGCAGAUGCUUUCCUACAUGGUUUUCCAUGUUUGAUCAAAACCUUUUUAAUAAGCUCCCCAACACCACUGGCUGAAAUGAAACCACAAACCAUGACAGCACCUCCACCAUAACCUCUUCUAUACAUAUUGACAAUUUGAACUAAACAUUUCACAUCUGGAUUCAGCCCUCUAUAAGAACUUCUGUCACUGAUUUUCAGCCCAGUUCUUGUGCAAUUUGGCAUACUGAGCAUUUUCUCCCUGUUUUCUACCACUGGCUUCUUGACAGCCACUGAAACCAUUUCUGAUGAGGCAUCAGCGAACAGAAGAUGGAUUGACUAAAAGGCUGUCUUUUCAGUUUUCUCAAAUUUUUUUAUGACACACUCUGCCACCAGUAAUGGUGUUAAUAUGACAAUACAACGUUUGGCCAUGCCACUGUUUGAUUAUAUUCCAGUCACCAAAGUGGCAUUACAGCCUUACUGUUCCAAUAAAUUCUCUAAGCACUGCUUUGACGCACUGAAUCAAAAGAUUUGUCGGACCACCACAGAAAAACCUUAACGAGGGAGAAAGGCGAAAAUACGAGCUUACGGGGGUCACGUGAAGGCAGCAUUUUCUUGUGUUUGCGUUGGUUACGACACACUCUUGUCAUCCAAAUGUAAGAGGACGCCGCUUCCUGGUGUGUACUCAAUAAUGGACUGACUGAUGAGCCAGGUCGAGGUGAACUUGUCCUCACUUUGAUCUGCUACUCUGAGUCCACCGCUCUGCGCACACUGGCAGGAAAAGAAACACUAUCAGGUGGAAAAAUGUCAGCCGUAAACAAAUCCAAGGAAGAUGAAGGCAACUUCUCCACAAAGGUCAUCAAGAUUGUGUUUAUCAUCCUGCUGCUGGACCUGCUGGGAUUCACUCUGAUUCUACCUCUGCUGCCUUCUAUUUUGGAUCACUAUGCAGAAAGCGGGGAUGGUGUGUAUCAGUCUCUUCAAACUGUUGUGGACUGGUUCCGGGAGGCUGUUGGGAUUCCUUUGGAAAAGAAAUACAACAGUGUCCUGUUUGGAGGUCUGAUUGGCUCACUGUUUUCUCUGCUACAGUUCCUGGCAUCACCUGUAACCGGGGCUCUGUCAGAUUCAUAUGGCCGGCGACCCCUGCUUAUGCUCACCACAUUAGGGCUGAUGUCCUCCUAUGCAGUCUGGGCUGUUUCCCGGAGCUUCAGCAUGUUCCUUUUGUUUCGGGUAAUUGGGGGCAUUUGUAAGGGCAACGUCAGCCUCUGCACUGCCAUCAUAGCCGACCUGCCGUGCCCGAAAGCACGGAACCGAGGAAUGGCCAUGAUCGGCGUUGCCUUCUCCUUGGGCUUCACUGUGGGGCCUCUGAUGGGCGCCUACUUUGCUAUCACCUCCAAAGCAACAGGAAAUGUCUUCUACCUCACUCCAGCUCUGCUCGCCCUGGCUUUCAGCACUGCCGAUCUGCUCUUUAUUUGGCUGAUGCUGCCAGAAACAUUAACAAAGGACGUCAAGGCUUUGUCUUCAGGCUGUGGGGACUGCAGGGACCUGCUGCAUCCAUUAUCCUUGUUCUAUUUUGCAGCUGUUAGUAAGAAAAAAGAUCAACUUUCAAGAAACGGAAUGCAAAGCCUUCGAGUGCUGGGGCUGGUUUAUUUCUGCUACCUCUUCCUGUUCUCUGGUCUGGAGUUCACCUUAAGUUUUCUUACUCACCAGCGUUUCCAGUUUACAAGCAUGGAGCAGGGAAAGAUGUUCUUCUUUAUUGGUGUCAUCAUGGCUUUAAUCCAGGGUGGUUAUGCUCGCAGAAUAAAACCGGGGCAGCACAUCAGGGCUGUUCGUAUGGCAAUCAUAGCAUUGAUCCCAGCCUUUGUAAUCAUUGGGUUAUCGUGGAAUGUAACAAUGCUGUACAUUGGGUUGUCACUGUAUUCCUUUGCGGCUGCCAUAGUUGUCCCCUGCUUGUCAACUCUAGUUUCUGACCAUGGCUCAGCCAGUCAGAAGGGCACUGUGAUGGGGAUUCUGCGUAGUUUGGGUGCCCUGGCCAGAGCGUUGGGCCCAGUUGUGUCCUCCUCAGUGUAUUGGAUUGCUGGAGCACAGACCUGCUUUCUUAUCACAUCGGCCUCCUUCGUCUUGCCCUUAGCUCUCCUGGGCAUAGCCAGGAGACUAAAAGAGGAAUGAGCAACUUAAAGACUUUUUAAAAAAACCUUGUGUUUCAUUACCUACAUCAAUGCAAUGAUAUUUGCAUCUUCUGGGAAAGCAAGCACUAAAUUCACAGUAAUAGGAUGUUUACUUUUCCACAUGCUGUUGGCCAAAGAUCAAAAAAUGAAACAAAAUGAUAUGAGAAGAUGGUACAAAUACCAAAAACGAAUGAAUGAACAUAAUGUUGUUUGUGUGUUCUUAUAGACCGGUGUGUAUUGUAGACUGGGUGGGUUAGAAGGAAUUCCAUGUGAUAUUAGUGCUCCUGGUACACAGAUAUUUUUGUAAUGUUGUAUUUUAUUAAUCACUAAGAUUUUCUAUUUUGCAAAGGAUACUUUAGCAUUAACACACAUAAAACUUUUUGAUGUUCUAUUCUUUACUACAGAGAAUAAAACAUCAGACCAUGGCAAUGAACAGUUAUCUUACUUUGAACCUUUUAUAUAAUUUUUCUAAUUCAUUCUAUGUGAACUACACAUUAAAUACUGUACUCAAGUACAGCUUUGAUCAACAUCUUUA